AUGCCUGGGGAUUAUGUCGAUCGCGUUAUUGAACGACUUCGAUUGAAAAAUUCUGAUGAAAAGGAAUUUCUUGAAGUUGCUGAAGAAGUACUUAAAAAUCUUCGACCAGUAAUUCAGAAACAUCCAGAAUAUGAAAAAAUGGCUUUACUCGAACGUUUUACAGAACCUGAACGUGUUAUUAUUUUUCGAGUUCCUUGGGAAGAUGAUCAAGGUCAAAUACAUGUCAACCGUGGUUAUCGAGUUCAAUUUAACGGUGCCAUUGGUCCAUACAAGGGUGGUCUACGUUUUCACCCCACGGUCUAUUUGGGUAUUAUCAAAUUUUUGGGUUUCGAACAAAUAUUAAAAAAUUCAUUAACUGGCUUGCCAAUUGGAGGUGGUAAAGGUGGUUCUGAUUUUGAUCCACAAGGUAAAUCCGAUUCUGAAGUUCUUCGUUUUUGUCAAAGUUUUAUGAGCGAACUCUAUCGACAUAUCGGACCUGAUAUUGAUAUACCAGCUGGUGAUAUUGGUGUUGGCGGCCGAGAAAUCGGUUAUCUUUAUGGACAAUAUCGUCGAAUUCGUGGUGCUUUCGAGAAUGGUGUACUAACAGGAAAAGGUAUCGCCUAUGGUGGUAGUCAUAUUCGUAGUGAAGCCACAGGUUAUGGUGCCAUGUACUAUGCUGAAGCAGUACUCAAAGAAAAAGGGGAUUCAUUAAAUGGCAAAGUAAUUGUUUUAUCAGGCUAUGGAAAUGUUGCAUGGGGAGUGUGUCUUAAAGCUCGUGAUUUUGGUUCAAAAGUUAUUUCAAUAUCCGGUCGUGAUGGUUAUAUACAUGAUCCUGAGGGCAUUAAUACUGACGAAAAAAUUGAUUUUCUCUUACGUAUUCGAGGAGAAAAUAAUGUUAAAUUAGAAGAUUAUGCUAAAAAAUUUGGUGUCAAAUUUUAUCCAAAAGAAAAACCAUGGAAUCUAAAAGGUGAUAUUGCUUUUCCGUCAGCAACAGAAAACGAAAUUGAUUUAGAAGAAGCUAAGACAUUAACUGCCAAUGGUGUUAAAUAUGUUUUUGAAGGUGCUAACUUUCCAACUACACCUGACGCCAUUGAAUAUUUCAAGAAAAAUGGUGUUAUUCUUGGACCCGCUAUUGCUGCUAAUGCCGGUGGUGUUGCUGUAUCAGAACUUGAAAUGGCACAGAACUCUACACGUUUAUUGUGGACAAAAGAAAAAGUUGAUUCUAAACUCAAAGAAAUUAUGGUCAAUAUCCAUAAAAAAACCAAAGAAGCCUCAGAAAAAUAUGGUCUUGGCUAUGAUCUUGUUGCUGGUGCUAAUAUUGCUGGAUUUGAAAAAGUAGCUGAAGCCAUGAUUGCUCAAGGAACAUAUUAG